CAACCAUCCAAGUUAGGUCGUUACUAUGGAAAAUUUGUUUUCUGAAACUAUGUAGUACAGUGCUACAUAAUGGCGUAAUCUAACUGGAAAUAUCGAUGAGAUUCGGUUUUUUUUUUAUCUGGGAUUUCAGAGCUGUAGAUAGAUAAUCAAGCAUACAGUUGCACUAUAACAGACGUAUCGGUUACGUUACUUAGCUAAAAUUGCCGAGAAUAGACAAAACAUUGCUGUGUUCGCUAGCUAGCUGUACCGUUAGCGGUCAUAGCUAACGUUAAGCCAAAGACGGUCAUCUCCAGUGCAAAAAUUGGUCCUUCUUUAUAGUUACAUUAACGUCAUUUUUAAAUUCCAAAGAUGAGCGAACAACUGAAAUUUAUCGUUGAACAGCUCAACAGAGAGCCCUUCAAGAAAAGUUUCAAUUUGAUCACGUUUGACUCCCAGGAGCCGAUGCAACUGUUGCAAAUUCUCAAUGACGUCUUGGCAGAAAUCGACCCCAAGCAAGCUAUUGACAUCCGUGAGGAGUUGCCCGAGCAGACGACCAAAAGGAUGAUCACCUUACUGGGGAUGCUCAAGUACAAACCACCGGGGAGCCUCUCUGAAGCGAGCAGCUUCCGGCAGGGCCUGGUGAUGGGCAGUAAGCCGGUGGUCCACCACAUCCUCUUCUGGCUGCUGCAGAAGCUGCCGGAGCUCAAGAAGAGGGCCUACCUGGCCCGCUUCCUGGUCAAGCUCGAGGUGCCCACUGACUUCCUGCAGGACGAUGUCAUUGCAGACACCUACCACCAGUAUGAGGAGCUGGUGGAGGGCUUUAAGACUUACCACAAGGAUUGUGAGCAGCUGAAAAGUUCUGGUUUUUCCACCGCAGAGAUCCGCCGGGAUAUCACAGCGAUGGAGGAGGAGAAGGAACAGCUGAUCAAACGCGUGGAGAGGCUGAGGAAGCGCGUGGAGAGCGUGUCCAACCAUCAGCGCAUGCUGGAGCUGACCAGGCAGCUCAGGGUGGAGAAGGAGCGGGAGGAGGCCCUCGCCCAACAGAAACAGGAGCAGAAGAACCAGCUCUUUCAGGCUGAGCAGAGGCUGCAGAGGGCCCAGUUGCAGCUGAAGGACCUGAACCAGGCAGCAGCAGAUGCCAAGCCUGAGAGUGUGAUGAAGAGGCUGGAGGAGGAGAUCAAGUUCAACAGCUACAUGGUGAUGGACAAGCUGCCCAAGGAGGUGCAGAGCAAGCGUGUGGCCGUGCAGUACCUGCAGAAGGUGGCGUCCGAGCCCGCCAUGGGACAGGCCGAGCUGGCCCAGCUGGAGGACAAGAUCCGUGAGGCCAACAUUCAGAUCAACCAGUUGAUUGAGAAGAGAAUGAUGCGGAAUGACCCCAUGGAUGACAAGCUCUCUCUGUUCAGACAGCAGGCCUCCAUCAUCUCGCGUAAGAAGGAGGCGCGGGCGGAGGAGCUGCAGGAGGCGCGGGAGGAGCUGGGCACUCUGGAGAGAGAGCUCCACAUGAAGAGCAGUCAGGCUCGCGGCCAGGACGGAGCGCAGUUCAUCAGAGGAGACGAGUUCAAGCGCUACGUGGCUAAGAUGCGGAGCAAGAACGUGGGCUACAAGAAGAAGAAGCAGGAGCUGGACAGCCUGAAGGGCGAGUACGGCGUUCUGCAGAGAACCGAGGAGAUCCUCAAACAGAGACAUGACGCCGGCCUACAGCAGCUGCAGUCUGUGGAGGCCCAGAAGGGGAUCUCGGGCUACAGCAACACCCAGGAGGAGCUGGAGAGGGUCUCGGCCAUCAAGAGCGAGCUGGACGAAAUGAAGGGACGCACCCUGGACGACAUGUCUGAAAUGGUGAAGAAGCUGAACUCUGUGAUCGUGGAGAAGAAGUCGGCCCUGGCUCCCCUCAUUAAGGAGCUGAGACCCUUGCGGCAGCAGUGCCAGGAAUUGACUCAGGAGUACGAGGAGAAGAAAGGCCAGUAUGACACCUGUGCUGCCGGUCUGGAGAGCAACAGGUCCAAACUAGAACAGGUGCUUCACACACACACACACACUCCCACACACACACACACACACACACAACCACUCCUCUUGUUAAGAUUAAAAUACACGCAUACUCCCACACAGUCUUUCCACAGUACUCUCCAUUACAUACACACAUACACACACACACACACACACACACACGCAGCACAAGCAGAAUGGCCGGGCAGCAGCCAGACCAGAGGAGUUGGACUGCUGAAGUGAAGUGUUGACAGGUCA